GUGCGCUGCGGUGCGUGAAGCCGAGCGGGGACAGCACAGAAAGACAUCGGUCAUGGCGGGUGAUGCCCUCUUGAUCAUGAGGGGCUUGACAAAGCUUAGUAAAGCAAUCGUAGAAACCCAAGCAGGACAGCUUCGGCAGGUGUUCCUUGGGGGUGAUGCAGUUACCGUCGCAAAGACUCUCCAGGCUGCUGCUGAAGAACAGUUCAGUUCUGCCUUGGGGAAGAUGCAGGAAUUGGGCAUACAGCAGGAGAACUUAACUGAUCUCGAUGAGAAUUUUGGGAAAGACUAUGACUUCUCAGCCCGAGACUCGGCAGAUGCUCCAAUGGACUUCUCCACUGCCUCCAGCAAGCCUCAUGAACAGAGCGGUGAAGGCCCUGCUUACUCUUACACUGCAAAUGGACCUCUUAGAAGUGUUGGUGAGACUGGAGAUUCUGGCAUGGGUCAGAAGCCUUUCCCUCCCAAAAUGGAUGCAAGAUUAUUUGGAGGCUUUAGGGACCCUGGAAAUCCUUUUGCUGCUGCUUUUGGACAAAAUAGGGCUUUUCACCAAGACCAUUCCUCUGUUGGUGGAUUAACAGCUGAAGAUAUUGAUAAAGCCAGACAGGCCAAAGCAGGUUCAGAGCAGAAACCCUACAAACAGAUGCUCAGCGAGCGGGCCCGGGAGAGGAAGGUUCCCGUCACCAGGAUCGGACGGCUCGCCAACUUCGGAGGAUUAGCUGUUGGUCUGGGCAUUGGGGCAUUGGCAGAAGUUGCAAAGAAGAGCCUUAGACCUGAGGAACGCAAUGGGAAGAAGGCAGUGAUGGAUUCUAGCCCGUUCCUGUCGGAGGCCAAUGCAGAAAGGAUCGUGAGAACCUUGUGCAAGGUCCGGGGAGCAGCGCUGAAGCUGGGACAGAUGUUAAGCAUUCAAGAUGAUGCCUUCAUCAACCCCCAUCUCCAGAGGAUUUUUGAACGUGUACGUCAGAGUGCUGACUUCAUGCCGAUAAAGCAGAUGAUGAAAACUCUGAACAACGACCUUGGUCCCAACUGGAGGGAUAAACUGGAGUCCUUUGAAGAACGUCCCUUUGCUGCUGCCUCAAUUGGUCAGGUUCACCUGGCACGCUUGAAAAAUGGAAAAGAAGUUGCCAUGAAAAUCCAGUACCCUGGAGUUGCCCAGAGCAUCACCAGUGAUGUUAACAACCUGAUGACUGUCCUGAGCAUGAGCAAUAUUCUCCCUGAAGGUUUGUUCCCUGAGCACUUGAUUGAAGUUGUGAGCAGAGAGUUGGCCCUGGAGUGUGACUACCUGAGAGAAGCUGCCUGUGCAAGGAAAUUCCAGGAGCUGCUGAAAGAUGACCCCUUCUUUUACAUCCCCAAAGUCGUGGAUGAGCUGUGCAGCAAGCAUGUCUUGACCACAGAGCUGGUGUCUGGCUUCCCCUUGGAUCAAGGUGUAGGGCUGAGCCAAGAGAUCCGAAAUGAGAUCUGUCACAACAUCCUGGUCCUGUGUCUGCGGGAGCUGUUUGAGUUCAGGUAUAUGCAGACUGAUCCAAACUGGUCAAACUUCUUCUAUGACCCGCAGUUGCACAAGGUGGCCCUGCUGGACUUUGGAGCAACACGAGGGUUUGAUGAGAAGUUCACAGAUGUCUACAUCGAGGUAAUCAAGGCAGCUGCUGACAUGAACAGAGAGAGAGUACUGAAGAAGUCUAUAGAAAUGAAAUUCCUCACUGGUUAUGAAGUCAAGGAAAUGGAAGAUGCCCACUUAAAUGCUGUCCUCAUCCUGGGAGAGGCUUUUGCAUCUGAGGAACCUUUUGAUUUCGGCAACCAAAGCACUACUGAAAAGAUCCAUGGUUUAAUCCCAGUCAUGCUGAAGCAUCGGCUUGUCCCUCCGCCGGAGGAGACAUACUCUCUUCAUCGGAAGAUGGGGGGUUCUUUCCUUAUCUGCACCAAACUGAAGGCCAAAAUUCCCUGCAAAAACAUGUUCCAAGAGGCAUAUAGCAAAUACUGGAGCAGCAGGGGCAAGAAGCCUGGGGCAUAGUAAGAAUGAACUAAUGACUCUUGUUCUGAGGGCGCAGUUCAGCUGAGCCUUGCAGAGAGCAUUCUAGCCUCCCACGCAUUGCACCCCAGCUCUCCAUCCUGAGAUGCAGCAGCCUGUGCCCUGGAAGCCAAGUGUGUGUUUCACAAGGACAGAGCUGUUCUUUCAUGCUGUGUCUGUCCUACACUGACUGCCAGUACAGUCCAAAGGAAACUAUCUUCUUGAGUGCUUCUGUACCGUGUCAAGGCACCAGCCAACUGCCUGGGCUGCAUUUUUAACAUUGUGAUGGUGGCUGUGUAUUGGUUGGGUUUUAUACUGAGUGGGGGCAGGAGGACAGGAGCAGAAUUUAUAUUGAAACCUGUUUGUAAUUCUCAAAGAAGUUGUUUUUUAAAAUCUUUCCCUCUUUUGUGCUAAGGUGGAGCUCAAGUAGUUUUCAUACCGUGAAUGAGAGAAUGAAUUAUUAAGGUGUACCCUACCACAGACACAUUCAGCACCUUCCCCCCCACGUUUCUGUAAGUGAGGUGGUGGCAGUCUAAGAACCCUCCUGGAUUUUACUGACAUAGGUAUGAUGCAAGGGUGGGGGUGUGUAUAUAGGAUAAAGUUUUAUGCUUUCUGCCGCCCUGCUUGCAAGGUAAAA